AUGCAACGACAUAGUUUUACCGCGCUCAACUCUACAUUCGUUGUCGAUGCAGAGUACCAGUUCGUCAAGGAGCUGGGCCAAGGUGCAUAUGGCUGCGUCGUCUCCGCUAGACAUCGACGCUCAGGCGAAGGGUGCGCUAUCAAGAAGAUCACAAACAUCAACACCAAGCGCAUCUUGACUAAGCGCUGCCUAAGAGAGAUCAGGUUAUUGCACCACUUCCGGGGUCACAAAAACAUUACAUGCCUUUACGACAUGGAUAUUGUAUUUCAACCAAACGGGAACUUUGAUGAGGUUUAUCUCUACGAGGAACUGAUGGAAGCUGACCUCCACGCAAUCAUUCGAUCAGGCCAACCGCUGACCGACGCUCACUUCCAAUCCUUUUUGUAUCAAACUCUUUGCGGCCUCAAGUAUAUUCACUCAGCAAAUGUACUCCAUCGCGAUCUCAAACCAGGGAAUCUUCUUGUAAAUGCUGAUUGCGAGCUUAAAAUAUGUGACUUUGGUUUGGCUCGUGGCUAUACUCCUGGCGGGGGAACUUCCAAGGCAGCCGGAAAUCAAGGUUUCAUGACGGAAUACGUUGCCACCCGUUGGUACCGUGCGCCCGAAAUCAUGCUGAGCUUCGCAAACUACUCUACCGCCAUCGAUGUUUGGUCUGUUGGAUGCAUCCUAGCUGAACUGCUUGGUGGAAAGCCCAUCUAUAAGGGUAGAGACUACGUUGACCAGUUGAAUCAGAUUCUUCAUUAUUUGGGCACUCCAUCUGAAGAUACUCUCCGCCGUGUUGGAUCACCUCGGGCCCAAGACUACAUCAGGUCUCUGCCAAUUAAACCCCGUGUUCCUUUCUCAACCCUUUUCCCUCAUGCAAAUCCUCUUGCUAUCGAUCUCCUUUCCCAGAUGCUUUGCUUUGACCCCGCUAAGCGCAUUAGCUGCGAGCAAGCCUUAAAUCAUCCAUAUCUACAAGUCUGGCAUGAUCCCGCCGAUGAACCUGUAUGCGACACUAAAUUCGACUUCGGAUUCGAAGAGGAAGACAGCAUUGAUGGGAUGAAGAAGCUAAUUAUCGAAGAAGUCAACUCAUUCCGAGCAGAAGUGCGCGCGCAGGCCAGGGCUGCGGGUCAGAUUCGCCGUCAAGACAGGUAA